GCCAGCUCAGCAAGACAACUCAGCACUGGUCAAGGACAUCAUGCAGGCAUUGGCUGUGGCCAUAGCUACCCAAUCAGCUGGUCAGCAGGUAUGAUGGGGGGAUUCUGGGAUUAGGACUUGCUCAAAGAUAAUCGUCCUUAAAGUCAGAUACUGACGGAUCCUAAAACAUGUUCCCCAACUAAGCCAUCCCCGUCAACAGAUCAGCUACUUCGCUAACUUAUUUUUCUACUAUAACCUCGCAUUAAUAGUCCAAUUACUGACUUAUAGUUAUGUAACUAUCUCGCAGAAAACGAAUAUUUGUUAUACAAUAUUUUAAAGAGUUUGUGUAAAAUUUUCUACCUCUGUAUUACAGGCCCCUGUUUAUCUGCCACAGCAGGUGAUGGGCAGUGUUGGCCAGGAACAACAGAUGCAGCAAAUAAUCUACGCCAUUUCACAGGGCACGGAGGCUAACCAGGUCUGUGACAGAAUUUUAUUCCUAGUUAACUAGAUGUAAUUACAGUAUUAUUUUGUUGUUAAAGUAAGUUCACACUGUGAAUUUUUCCCAUGGCAUAAAUUUCAGUGGUCAAUUCAUUUUGAGAAUUCAGUCAGGUAAUAUCAUGAAGGUGAAAUUCUGAAGACAUAAUUUCACCUCAGUGUACGGUCCCUCAGAAAAUUCAUUUGAACUUGAAGAAAAAUUUCAUAUGUAGAGGCAAGUAAUCCAAAAAUUAAUAUCGGAUGUAAUUCUAUUACUUAUUCUUACUUGGCCAUAUUGGUCAGCAUAGGUUACCUUAAAGCCAGAUGGUUUUUAUUUAAUUCAAUAUGCUUAUUUUCUUUGUGAAAGUAGCCGCUGGGCAGGCUAUAUCUUUGGUACAUUUCUGAAGACCAGUGAGGUCAUUUUGUUUGUUCAAAAAGUCAAGUUUUGUUAUUAGCCCGUUUUAUUUACUGAAGUAUGAAAGAAAUUCAUAUUCCGAUAUGGCUUUAACAAAAAAAUUCUUCUAUUAGUUUUAUUCGUACAAUGAAGUCAACCAUGUAUGUUUGUUAAGCCACGGCAGUGAUGAUCUUGAAGUCCUUGAAUUGGUCAGGCAUAUUAAGAUUGAUUAGACAUUAGACAUGACAUUAUAUUUGAGCUCAGAUUAUGAUUAAUAAACGUGUGAUGGUUUGAAAUAAUCAUGACUUUUAUUCAACCUACUGUCUUCGCAAGCUGUAUAAAACAUUGUGCUAAUGAAUGGUUUUUGUAUGAACAGUGCUUAUGAUUUUGAUACUUUGUUCAUUAUUUGCAAUAUUCCUCUUGUCAAUCGUCCAUCGGAUGUUUUGCUUACCAACAAUGAUUCCCAGUGAAUGCCGCCUGAACAGUUUCUAAUGUUGAAUUCGUCGUUUCAAGUAUGAAUAUAAAACAAAUAAUUUUGUUUAUCUGUAAGUGCACAUCAUAACCAUCCACGCACACACCAACACAAUUACACCAUUGCAUUUAAUAAAGUUUAUGAAGAAAUCAACCGUUAGUGGAAGCAUCUCAUCAAAAAAAUUAAAAUACCCGAGAUGAGCGCUCAAUGUUUAGAAUGAGACGAAACUUUGUCUAGUUCUUUGAAAUAGCUGGGGGGCUCACGCUUUGAUUGAAAGAUUUCCAUACACGGCAGAAUGUUUGAAGCGCUCUGAGAAAAAUGACUUUUUCAUAUCAGUGUCUUUAUAGAAAAAUUUAAUAUAAAUCAGAUUAGUAAAUUUUUAAAAAUCUCCUUUUCAUAUACAGGCUCCACGUAUUGCCCAGGCAGACACAACUCAAACUGUAUCCGGUGACUCCAUUUCAACUCAGCUGCCCCCACCUCUGGCCAAUGUUGUGACCACCGAAGCGGAGGUGAACGGGGG